CCCACCCCGUCCUCUUACGUAGCACUGAGCCGGCUUAACCUGAAGAACUGGAAACUAAUUUUUUUUUCGCAGAGAAGGAAACAAACAUGGCGAACGGCUGUGUUUUGUUGCGGUCAGCGUUGGAGGUUGACGGAAAGUCCUUCGACGUUGUUUUAUCGGGCACAUCUAUCUCUUGGGGACAUGUGGGUAUAGAAGAAUCUGGACUUGGUAGUGCCUUUUUCAAGAAGACCUUGCCUUUGUCCGAAGUCUUUGCAGUUGUGCCUCACAAGUUGAGGACUGUGCCAUCUACUGAAGGAGAAAUUGAGUUAACGUCACUUAGAAGUUCCUCAUUCUAUGUUUAUGCUGUCAAGAGAACACGGAAACAUAAGUGGCGUGAGAAACUGUUUGUGUUUGACUGCCAUGAUGAAUGUUUGUGUGAAGAAUGGAUUGAUAGUAUAAAAAGCAUUCUUUCAGGUUUUAACAGACCCAAAAGAUUACUUGUGUUUAUCAAUCCAAUCGGGGGAAGAAGACUAGGUUGUAAAAUAUAUACAGAACAGGUCCAACCAUUAUUUGAACUAGCCAACAUCAAAGUUGAUUUGAUAGUUACUGAAAGAGCAAAUCAUGCAAAAGAUUAUCUUCUGAAGGAGGCAUUGGAAAAAAUUGAUGGUGUCAUCUCUGUUGGUGGAGAUGGUAUGUUUCAUGAAGUUUUAAACGGUCUUGUUAUACGAGCUCAGCAAGAUGCCAUGUUGGAUUCAACAUCCUAUAACUUUCAACCGAUACCUCUUAACCUUCCUAUAGGCAUCAUACCGGCAGGUUCAACGGAUGCUAUUGCUUUCUGCACAACAGGAAAUAACGAUCCUGUCACUUCAGCCUUGCACAUAAUUUUAGGUGACAAUCAGCCGCUUGAUGUCUGCUCGGUCAAGCGAAAGAAUGAAGUAUUACGUUACAAUGUUGCCAUGGCAGCCUAUGGAUUCUUUGGUGACGUCAUGCAAGAUAGCGAGAAACUUCGCUGGAUGGGUCCUAAACGCUAUGACGUUUCUGGCUUUAAAAAAUUCAUGUCAAACCGGGGCUAUGAUGGUACAGUUACUUUUCUACCAGCUCAAACUGGAGAGAAUGCGCCACGAGACAGAACAAGAUGUCGGUCUGGCUGCAAUGUUUGUAAUGAUUUUUGUGACUCAGGCCAGCAACGUGACCCUCAACAGUCCACAACAGGUUGGCAAUCUCGCAGAGGUCCCUUCAUCAGUGUCAUUGGUGCGAAUAUUUCGUGCGCAUGCGCAAAGAGUCCGGAAGGCCUCUCUCCCAGUGCGCAUCUAGCUGAUGGCUGUUUGGAUCUCAUUCUUGUGCGACAUACAUCUCGCCUACAAUACCUUAGACAUAUGAUUAGAAUCUCUUCUAAGGCAGAUCAGUUUAACUUCGAUUUUGUGGAGAUUCAUCGCGUCCGGGAGUUUUACUUCCGGCCUCUUAGUGAGGAUAGUGAGCCUGGUGACGAAAACGACGGCAUUGAAGAGACUGGAACUAGAGAUGACGACGAAGAGCGGCUGGCCGCAAAAACGUCAUCAGUGACGUCACGACCCCGCGCCAGGAGCGUUUGGAACGUGGAUGGAGAGUUGGUUACACAUCCUGCCAUACACAUAAAGGUACAUCGCCAUCUUAUUCGCUUAUUUGCCCGAGGAAUUGAAGAAUGCGACGACACCCCAUCUUGCACAGUUUGUAGAAGACGUUGAACGUAGCUUAAAUUCAGACUUUUAAACAAAUACAGACGAGCGAGAGGCUGUUACUUUGUUCCGCCACAAUUGUUAUAGGCUCAGUAGCCGGCGAUGCCCAUUCUUAUUUAGUAUAGAAGAUUUGUACGGGUCCUAAGGUACCAUUAAUAACGCAACUGCGACAGCCAAUUAAAAAAAAAAAGGCGCGAAUAACAGAAUGAACCGAUGAGAACUGCAGGAAAAUACGCGGGAAGUGACGCGUAUGACGAUGCCGUGACCGGUUUUGAUUUUGCACCAUGUGAUUGGUUGACUAGUUUUCUAAACCACUGACUUAUUAUUUAAGAGAAAUUUCCAAGAGUUUCAAACACGCGACGGCCUUACAAAUGACCUUAGACCUCCGAUUAACUGGCUUUUAUUGAAACCCUUCAGUUUCGACGCCUGUCAUAAAAUUCGUUCCAUGACGAAACUGAUCAAAUCGUUGGAGCGGAAAAUAUACGCAAGUUAUUUUUCAUACUUGCUGUUCUAAGGGCAGACGUUUCUUCUUGGUAAUUUGUGGUUUUAGAGCUGACAUGUCGAGCGUUAGUUCUUCGACAGAGCAAAUGACGAAGGACUAACGCUCGAAACAUCAGCUUUAACUCUUUACCAAAAUCUAAUACGCAUGUCAGACAUCUUUUUCCGCUGGUCGGAAUUGCAUGAAUAGCUUUUUCUGCCUCUGAGCGACGUACUUUCUUUCAAAAGUCAAUACUUAUUAGUCUCUUAUUCAAAUAAAUUAAGGUAUAAAAAUAAAUUAUCGGGUGUUAAGACAAACUCAGCAAGUAAAGUGAUUCAUCAAAUGUUUCCCUAGUAGGCUGGAAAGGUAGUUUAAUGAAAGCCCAGUGGAUUUCAAAACCUAGGGGCUCUAGAGACGAGAAUGCUUCCGAUAUAAAAUUGAAUUGAAAUCA